GUGUGCAGUCUGGCAGAGUGUGUGACUGCGCAUGCGUCGCUCCGCAGCCAGCCAGCGAGAGCAAACCCGGUGUGAAUUGAGGAGAACGCGCAGCAGAAACGGCCUGUCUCUGAUAGAGGACGAGGAAACCACCGUCCACCUGCCCUAUUUCCUCAUCGGCGGGCAGGGAGCUUGUACAGAACAGCUCACUGGACUGUAAUCGUUUGUUUUUGGUAAUGGUUCAAUGAAUAGCCUCCAUGGAGUCUCAUGGGAGGAGAGAUGAGCCGUGAAGACGAACCUUUGAGUUGAAUCUCAAACAGUGAGACGCUCCAGACUAGAAUCCAAGCUGUCCCAGUAUGGAGCUCAGCAAACUGGUGACUUUCUGGAUGGUGUGUAUGUGCUUCUUGUGGGAAUGUCGAGCGGACAAGCCUGUUCAAGUUAGCACAGACCCCCAACCAGUGGACAACGGUGUGUCAGAGCUUUGCCGCAUUGACAAACCCCUUUGCCAGGAUGAGAACGCCAUCCUUAGUUUUGAGGCCAUCCGCAGCAUUCACAAACAAAUGGAUGAUGACGCCAAUGGAAAUGUGGAUGUUGCAGAGACUGAUGGGUUUUUAAGAGAGGACCUCAAUUACCAUGACCCUAAAGCCAAGCACAACAGUUUCCAUGGCGACGACCAGUUCAUCAGUGUGGAGGACCUGUGGAAUGCCUGGAAGAGUUCAGAAGUGUAUAACUGGACAGUGGAUGAAGUCGUGAAUUGGCUUGUCGACUACGUUGAGGUGCCACAAUAUGUAGAAGCUUUCCGCAAGAUGAAUUUCAACGGUACCGCCAUGUCCCGUUUGGCUGUGAAGAACUCCACUCUGACACAAACAGUCUUGAAGAUUCUGGAUAGGAGUCAUGUUCAGAAACUACAGCUCAAAGCUUUGGACACGGUUCUGUUUGGAGCUCCUAUGAUGAACAGACAUAACCAUCUGAAGGACUUUAUGCUGGUCGUGUCUAUAGUCAUUGGUAUGGGAGGAUGCUGGUUUGCUUACAUCCAGAACCGAUCCUCUAAAGACCACAUGAAGAAGAUGAUGAAAGACCUUGAAAGCCUCCAAAGGGCGGAGCAGAGCCUUCAUGACCUCCAGCAGAAGCUUCAGAUCGCUCAGGAGGAGCAUCGCUCCGUGGAGGUGGAGAAGGUAAACUUGGAGCAGAAGUUGCGGGACGAGAUCAACGCAGCCAAGCAGGAAGCCCAGAGACUGAAGGAGCUCCGUGAGGGAACCGUCAACGAGCUGAGCAGACAGAAGUACGCAGAGGAGGAGCUCGAUCAGGUACGUAUGGCCCUAAAGAAAGCAGAGAAGGAGCUGGAGUCUCGCAGCUGCUGGUCUCCUCCUGAAGCUCUGCAGAAAUGGCUCCAGCUCACCCAUGAGGUUGAGAUACAGUACUACAAUAUCAAGAAGCAGAACGCUGAGAGACAGCUGCAGGUGGCCAAAGAGGGGGCCGAAAAGAUCAAGAAGAAAAGAAAUACUUUGUUUGGGACGUUCCACGUGGCACACAGCUCUUCACUGGAUGACGUAGACACCAAAAUACUUGCAGCUAAGCAAGCUCUGGGUGAGGUCACAGCAGCUUUGAGAGAGAGACUCCACCGCUGGCAGCAGAUCGAGAUAUUGACGGGCUUCACGGUGGUCAAUAACCCAGGCCUGCCCUCUCUGGCAUCCGCCCUCAACCUGGACCCCAGCUUCAUGGGCGGCCGUGGUACACCCCAGCACUUCAUGUCCGACGACAUGGAUGACAUGGACGAAGACAUAGUGGCACCAGGAACCCUGCAAUAUGCUGCCUGGCUUAUGGGCCGUCGAGCGAGUGAUGUUUGGUCUUUGAGUUCGGACUGCCAGUCAUUUUGGAAAUACUCUGCUCCCAGUAUGAUGUCACUCCGCCAACGCCACAUUGACCCACAGCUGGCUCUUGGCUCGCAGAGGUUGGUAGAUACCUGUCUGUUGCCUGGUGGGCAAGAAGGGGAGGGUAGCUCGUACCCAUCCUGGUCUAGGGGAGCACAACGUCAGAUGCGCAGCCAAUCAUUUGGGCAGUUCGACUCUUUGGGGCUGCCUCCACUUUCCUCGGCCGUGUCGCAUCCCUCCAUCUACUCCGCCUCUGCAUCCCACACUCCCCACUCCUCCUUCGUUCCCAUCCCUCAUGCAACCCACUAUCACUCUUCAUAUUUCCAGCCCUUGGACACCAUCCCAGACAUCCCCUCCGAUGCAAGCCCACAGAGCUGCGGCAGCUAUGGGGACCUGAACCGCUCCGACUCCGAUUCCUCCUUAUGUAUAUCCCAGACUGGCGAGCAGCUACGCCUGUCCUACAGCUCCAAAGGCUUCCCUAUAAAGCCCACCUCCCUUUUACAUGGCCCCCACUCACGCUCCGAGGAAGGUGCCCCCUCCCAUUCGCACACUCCCAACGGAGGCAACCGAAUCCCAGAUGGGGGUGCCUCUCCGGAUGGAGGUUCUGAUAGCCCCAUUUUAAUGAAAAAGGUGUACGGCAUUGAGAAAUCCGCCAGCAUGAGUGAGAUCCAUGUCUCACAGAUGGUGAUGUCCAUGUCAGAAUCCUCACAUUCCCUUAGCCCCAACUCCACUGAACCCGACACUCCAUCCCCUACUGGAUUGACUGGGGGAAAGGCAGGAAGUCGCAUCCCUCAGAUCUCCUCAAAAAAGAGCCCCGUAGAGGAGGACUGCGGUUCUACAGCUGAAGAUACUGACUCUGCUGCCAGUCGCAAGAAACACACCUUCAAGAUCUUCAAGAAACAGAAGAAAUAAGAAAACCUGGACUUCUGUUUUGGGUUUUUUUCUCCCUACUUUUUAUUUUGUUGUUACAAUGAAUGUUUAGAUUUUUUUUUCCCUCCUCCUGGUCAGAAGUUGGCACAACCAAAUUCCUUUUCAAGGUCUUUGUAGGAACAUUUUGUCUUUUUUAGAGGAAUUGUCUUUUCAGAGGAACAACAGCAUGGAUUUUUGGGGUGGGUGGGAAUGAAUCACCAGUGGGAACGGGUUGGAGUAUAUUUUUUUGGGAAUGUAUCAGAUAAUUUAUUCAGCAGGAGACAGUGCCAGACUUUCAAAGGAUUCUUCCACCUGAUGGACUUUUCUUUCCUUGUGUAAUCUGUAUUUGUUUGCAUGUCUUCGCCUUUGUUUGAUUGAACUUUGAAUGCUUCUAGAUGUUUGCUUGGUUCUUGUUCCCCUUUGCUUAAACAAAAUAUCCUGGUUCUUUUGUUUCUACCAUCACACACUCUCCUUUGUCUUUCAAGUUAAAACAAAUCGUAGACUGGACAUUUAAUGGCACUCUUCAGUGUUCAUCAGUGGUGAGAAAACUGUAAAAGGGCUGAACUAUUGUAUGAAACUCCCCUAAAAUAUGUUGCACUAUUCUGAAUGUUAAAUGAAUGUUGUGUUGGUUUUGUAAAGAAAAAAAAUAAUUGAGAACAUGCUGGAAACACACGUUUACGCAAAUCAAGACACUGAACGUAUCUCCAAGGCUUCAGGGAUUUCUGGGAUGUGGUGGAAUUAAUCGAUUACAAAUUUUGUGUAAAUCAUUCCAAAUCAUUGAGACAAUACAAGGAGGUUUAUGAAUAUGCACAUGAAAGUUUUGAUGUGAUGAUUUUUUUUUAAAACCUUUACUGUAAAAUUGUGGCCUCAUUCAUUGCCUGUUUCCAUUGACAUCGGAGACCCUGUAAAAAAAUGCACCCUUCAUUUUUUUUAAAAAUGCAUAUGAUGUAUUAUUGCAGCUUUAAGAGAUCUUAAGAACAGUUUGUCAGCUUUGUUUAAAAUGCCAAGCCAAAGCCUCUGUACAUAAAAUGUGUACACUAAAUUUCUUCUUUGUAAGACCACAGAUCUGAGGCUUUGAGUGCUGUUUUAAGUUGAAAGCAGGCUAGGCCACACACAAUUGAUGAUGUUAUGGAUUGAUUUGCUUUUAAGUGGUCAGAUUUUUAGGGUUUAACCACUGUACAUUGGAGACCAGUUUCUGUUCUUAUAAUUUACAUGAUGUUCCCCAAGAUAAAUCCAUCUUUAUCAAAGAGCAGUAAAACGUACAAGCAUACUUUGCAUAUAAAGAGUAAGGGGGUUUAAAAAAAUGUCUAGGUUUGGUUAUGCAUUAAAGGAAUAGUUCACCCACAAAUGUCAUUAUAUGCUUAUCUUCAUGUUGUUUAAUAUAGAAUAUUCUUGCAGCUCUUUUCCAUAUAAUUAAAGUGAAUGAGGACUUGGGUUGUCAAUCUUCAAAUUGAAUGGAUUAUUGGCUCUGCUGUACUCGAGAACCAGAUCAGAUUUGUGAACAAAGCAUUCAGACUGGUUUUGUAAAAUAUCGUACUCUGAACUUUUCUUCCACAAAUCGGGCAUUGCUACUCUCAUGACUUCUAACGAAUGUGCCAAAGAAAGCUAGGGCUGAAUAAUGACUUAAAUUUUGACGACUUAAGGUACCCGCACAAUCGCUUUCAUAGGGCUUGUGGAUCAGUUUCAUGAUACUUUUGUGGUGAAUUCAAAAAUUCACCUUUUGUGUUCCACUGAUGAAAGAAGUAUUUUUAGGUUUGGAAUGAUAUGAAGGGGAGGAAACAUUUAAGUCAUUAGAGACAUUACAGUUCAAUUUUCUGUGAAGCUGCUUCGAAACGAUGUGUAUCGUGAAAAGUGCUAUACAAAUAAAAAUGGCUUGACUAAACAGGCAGAAUUUUCAUUUUUUGGUGAACUAUUCCUUUAACUUAUUAACUGGGUGAGAGAUGGCACUAUGCAUUUAAUUGGUUUCUACCUACGAGUUUUAAAAUCAACUAACCUGGAGGCAAACCAAAGCAAUGCAGCACGAAAUAUGAUUCUCUGUUGAUUUUUUUUUUGGUGAAAGAUGGUAAAGGACCACAUUCAAAUGUAUUUUAACCAAUCAGUCUUUAUUAGAUAUAAACUGCUGGUCAGAUGUAUUUGUUUCAUCUGUGCCUCUUUUGCACGAAGAAGCUCUUUUAUGUCGGUGUGCGCGUGUGUCCGUCCAGUCCAGUAAACUGCACUUCACAGUGUUGAUGCAUGUUCUCAACAACGGACGGGAAAAGAAGGGGGCUGUUUUACACACUGUCUCCCUUUAGAUCUUUUCCUGCUCACUUCUCUGUUUGAGUUGUUUAUGCCUAUAAUGUACAGUACAGCGAGAGGUGGGAAAACAGGAAAAAAAAAAUAUAUAUAUAUAUAUAAUUUUGCAUCUUCUGUAAUGUUCAAAUCUGUAGUCUUCAAAUAUGAUGGCACUCCUGCAUGAAAGCAAUAAAAAAAAAAAGGUUUUAAAAGAAAA